CAUAAAUAUCUGCAAGAUAUUGAUCUCUAAAGUACAAAAUAACUUUAUUUUACAUAUAUUCGCAAGAUUGAUUACAAAGGAGAUGGAAAAAUAAUUUAUGUUUAAAUGAGGUCAAGGAUGAGGAUUUCCCAAAAGAGGGCAUUGAAGAAUAAAAGAGACGGGAUGGGAAAGCGAGAGAGCGGAAAGGAUUAAAUAUUUUAUAGAUGGAGCGGGGAGGAGGAUGAAAAACUUCAACAGAAUAUUAGUAUUCGAGCCUUUAUGUCCGAACUUGGGAGGCAAUUGGCUCAAACGGGCCUACCUAAGUCCCCACUUGCCAACUUCUGUCUCUUCUGCUUCCUCCCACUUUCUCCCUCUGUCUCUCUCUCUAUCUCUCUCUCGCUCCCUCUCUCUCUCCCUCCUCCCUCUCUCUAGGAAACUUGAACCGUGGUCUUCAUAUCUCGACCAACUUCGCCCAAGUAGAUGCUCAAAGGCGCCUGGUUCGGGUUGGCUGCUUCUUCUACAAAGGCAUGCCCUGGAAGGGCUGGAGAAAGGAGGAACCGGAGGAAUCGGUCCCAACUUCAAGGCUUCAAUAGGGACCUCGUCGGCAUAUUGGGCCCUCUCUGAAGUUAAUUGGUAUCUCAACACAACGGCUUCCCAACUUCUCCGAGGGGGAAUCAAUUCGAACAGAACGCGAUGGUUACACUGUGCCUAA